GUGCAGCGUGUUUAGGCAGUUGUCGCAUUGUGGGUGAUCAGUCAGAGUUUGUUUUUUUUUGUUCAUUUUUUUCUCCAGUCACACUUCACUGUCAGUUAGGCAGUCAGUCAGUCAGUCAGUUGGUUACAGGCGGUUGAUCGAACGGGACGUAGAUUUGAAACAUAAAAGUGAUUUCCAUUUCCAAAUAAUUAUUGGUUCUGGAAUUGAAUAGGAGUUGUUGCAAUGGCUUCAUCAGUCUGUGCCCAGUGAAGUUGAUUAGAACUAGAAACGGAACAGUAGGGGGAUGUCGGUUGUUGUUGUGGUGUUUAUGUUCAGUGCCUACCAUUGACGGACAGCAUCAGCAGCCUAAGUGAGUGACUAAUCGCCUAGAAUUUGGUCCGCGGAUGCCGUUGAACUCAAGGUCGUAGUCGAACUUUGAAAAAGUUACACGUGUCUCGCGCCACUGGAUCUUUGCGUUGGUUCGGUUUCAUCUCAUCACACGACGAUUGCUUUUUUUAUAUCGAUUUUGCUAGGCACACCCGGACAGUUUACCAGUUCACUGAUCGGAAUCAAACACGGCUUGAACCUGUACCUGUAGAAUGGCUCCUCAUAUUGUGGAACAGGAGGACCCUGUUGGUAGCAACUGUCAAAAUGGAUCCACAGUUCGACAGCGAGUGGACGGUGCAAAUCUAGUCAGCAGUGAAAAUAACAAUAAUUACCCAUUUGCGAACCCAUCCAAGUCAACGGUGCAGCCUGCCGAAGACGAGUUUCGACCGCAGAUCCGAUGGCCGGAUUUUUUCGCGCAGUUGUUUCUGCACGUUGGUUUCCUGAUAGGCCUAUGGCAGGUGGUGACUCUGCAGGCCAAAUUCUACACCGUAGUGUGGACUAUCCUACUCGUAUGGGGAUCGGGUUUCGGAAUCACAGCCGGUGCUCACCGAUUGUGGUCUCAUAAAUCGUACAAAGCAAAGUGGCCGCUGCGGGUACUGCUGAUGUUUCUAUUCACCAUUUGUGGUCAGCGUGAUGCCUACACGUGGGCGCAUGAUCACCGAGUUCACCACAAAUACUCCGAGACGGAUGCCGAUCCACACAAUGCAAAGCGUGGUUUUUUCUUCGCUCACGUCGGCUGGGUCUUUCUGACACCGCAUCCGGAUGUGGUGGCCAAGCGGAAGGCCAUCGACAUGAGUGAUCUGGAGGCCGAUCCGAUCGUGAUGUGGCAGAAGAAAUACUACCUACCGUUGUUCGCCCUGUUAGUCAUCGGAUUCCCGGUUCUGGUACCGUACUACAUUUGGGCGGAGAGUCUGUGGGUUGCCUUCUGGGUAUGCUUCACGAUGCGCUUCACCACCACCCUCAACAUUGCCUUUUUCGUAAAUAGUGUGGCUCACAUGUUCGGCAAUCGACCGUACGAUAAAACCAUCAGCUCAGUGGAGAACCUCUCGGUUGCAAUCGCUGCCAUGGGCGAGGGCUGGCACAACUAUCAUCACGUGUUUCCAUGGGAUUACAAAACCGGAGAAUUGAAGGGUUACAUGUUCAAUGUGACCACCGGAUUCAUCGAUGCUUUCGCUCGGCUGGGCUGGGCGUACGAACGAAAAUCCGUUUCUCCGACAAUCAUCGAACGGCGUGCGGCCAAGUAUGGCGACGGGACACGUUUCCUGACUGAUGAAUACGCACACAAAGAUGCCGUUUGGGGCUUCGGCGAUCAGGACAUUCAACAGGAGGAUUUGGAAGACAUUCUACGACUACAGGAAUGAUAAAGUCCACGAUGGACCAGUGUUCGAGCGGUUUCAGCUUUAGUCACCCAAGAUGCAUUAUUUACUCGUAUUUUAACGAAAGUAUGUAGAUUGUAAGGCUAUGAUUAGACAAGACACAUGAAUGUAACAGCAAAGGGGUCCGGAAACUCCUCAACUCAGUGAAUUUUAAGGUUACUAGACGCUAUGGGAUCAAUCCCGAACAAUGCAGUGUUUUUUAUUGUCAGGGAAAUUCAUUGAAUG